GUUUCGAAAGUGAGGCUUCAGCCUCGCUCUGGUUCAAUUAGCUCAUUCCAAACGUCCGGCAGGUGUGUAGGUGUAAAAGGCGGGGCGAUUUUCCCCCACAUUUUCCGUCCAAAAUUCUCUCCAAUUCCGAAGAAUUCCCGCCCGACACGGUCAUGGGGUGCCUCUUCUCACAUCCCGAAGAGCCGGCCGCGCAAGAGGCCGAGGCGCCGAAGGUGUACAGCUGGGACAAACGCGACAAGGUGGACCCAAAGGACUUCACCAUAGCGAACCUAAAGGAUGAGACGGUGGGCCGCGUUCCCGGCACUGUCAACGGCCAACAGUUCAUCAUACAGGACUGCGAGAACUGCAACAUCUUCAUCUUCGACCACGCCGCCACGAUAACGAUCGACGACUGCGUCAACUGUCGCAUCUUCCUGGGACCAAUCAAGGGCAGCGUCUUCCUGCGCGACUGCAAGGACUGCAAGUGCAUGUUCGCCUGCCAGCAGUUCCGCACCCGCGACUGCAAAAAGAUAGACUGCUUCCUGAGCUGCGCCACCCAGCCGAUCAUCGAGGCCUCCACCGGGAUGAAGUUCGCCUGCUUCCAGUACUCCUACCCGGAGCUCGAGUCCCAGUUCGCCGCGGCGGGGCUCAGCAUAUUCAACAACAACUGGAGCAACAUCCACGACUUCACGCCCGUUCCCGGGGAGAACAGCUGGGGACUUCUCUCGGAAGACGUGAAGGUCGAAGACUGCCUGACGAAUCCCACCACCGAGCAGUUCCAGGGCGUGCAGAUCUCCACCCAAUCACAGGACAGUGUCAUCCCCAUCACGAGAGGCUCGCGGCGGAAGAUGUCGGACGAAUCGUGUCUCGUGGUGUUCUUCUCCGGCGACGCGGACAACAGGGACCUGGCCCGUCAGUUUCUAAAAAAGAUGGGCCAGGCGGCGGUGAAUUGUGCCUUGAUGCAGACGAAGGAGAUCAGCAUGACGGGAGACGAUGUGAGACGGGUGUUCGGGUCCUCCGCUGAGUUGGAGUUGUUUGUACAAGCUGCCCAAAGAGGACCAGUGAUCGGUAUAGAGUACAAUGGAACAAACAGUGUGCAGGUAUGUAAAGAAAACGUCCAAGCCGUGGUGGGGACUGUCGCUGCUGUAGUCUACACUUCCGACAGUCCGGCAAAGGCGGCCACUGACGUCGACAACUUCUACAACUUUGCUGACAUGCAGAUGAUGUGAUCAUUACUUCGUUUAACCUAAUAUUUUUAGAAAAAAAAUUUUUCUCAAGGAUUUCAAAA